UUGGAAGUUGGGGUUAUGCUGGACGUGCGUUCCCUAGGGGCGCUGGUUCCCCAGGCCAGCUCUGGAGCAGGUGGAAAAGACGUUGGAGUCCAGGAAAGACAAAAGUUCCGGGCCCUUCUUCUCCACACCCUCCCCACCCUUCUCCCUAGCUGUGGGGGGAGGAGCUUCCGUCGAGGUCGGACGAGGCGUGGGGCCUUGCCCGCGGGUGAGUCCCCAGCCGCGUGGAAAGGCGCCGCCGACCUGCCCGAUCUGAGGCCUGCCCUGAGCUCCGGGACCCAAGGGGGUGGCUUCGGAAGGACGCUCCGCGUUUCCAUCCGUUUCUUGCCCUAUCUCCCCAAAUCUGGCCCCAGAAUCCCACCCUGGACGCCGCCCCAGGCCACUCGGUCGCCCGGGGGCCUCACACGGGGAUUGCCCCGGUGGCGGGGCACCGGCUCAACAGCCCCUGAGAAAAUGCCAACACCUGAGCUGUCGACUCAGGGGCCCUUCGUGCCUCCAGACCUCUGGGCACUAUUGCUAGUGAUUGCUGCACGGCCGUCGACUUCGAAAGCCACCUCCAUCCCUCUCUGGGCGCCCCCCCCCCUCCCCGCCCCCGAGUCGGCCAGGAGCUUGACAGGCGGCCUAGGAAAGAGCGGGCUAAUUCUCUGGCCGAGGCCCCACGUUGCCUGUGAAAAUCGCUUUAGGUUUUUGGGUGUGACCCGGAGCCUGGGCAGGUCAAGGACUACCGGCCAAGACAAAGGGGGGUGUGGAAUCGUUCCCACGCUCGCCGUCAUCCGAAAAGAAACCCAAGUCAAGAAAUCCCCUCUUGGCAGUACGGGCUGCCUUGAGCUGGCCUUUCCAGGGGCCGGGAGUGGGGCCCCCGAGGAGGCCGGGGGCUCUAGGUAGCCCGGGCCGGGGUUCAGGCUCCCGCCGCCCCAAGGCGCGCUCUCCCAGACUCCCUUGCGCCCGGGCGGGCGGCUCGGGGCCCUUCCGGCCGCCGCGGACCCCCGGGCUCCCGGGGGCGCCGCCACUCGGCUGCCGGGGCGGGCCCGGCUCCCCCGGCCGCUGCAGUCCCGCCCCGGCCGCGAUGCCCGGGCGGGGAAGCCCGAGAGUUGGCUCCCGGCCGGCCCAGGGCCCCUCCGGCCCGCAUUCCCGAGGCCUGAACGGCGAACAGGAGGAGGCUGGGUAGCGGCCAGCGCCCCCCCCCCCCCACCCAAGGACCACACCGGCGCCAUCCGGCUCCCUCCUGCGGGACCCAGGACUAUUUAUUGAAGGCAUCCAGCAUCUCCAGUUAGCAGUACUGACUUUUUCCCCCCAACACUACAUCAACACUCUUGGCCUGGAUCUGGACACAGAAGACUCCUGUUUCAAGAAAAUACAAUCAUCUCUCAAAUCCUGUAAUUUAUAUGCAGUUUAAACUCACUAGGUAUUGAAAGCCACCCAAGUGUCCCACAACAUAGGGUAAAAUAUAAUCAAUCAUUCGGUGUAAUAUUAUACAUCCUUUAAAAAUGUUAUUGGAAAAUGUUUUAUGAUCUGUAAGUCAAAAUAGCCCUUUCCCAUCGUUUCUUUCUCCCUGCUGCUCCCUUAUACCCACGCUUCUAUGUUCCAAUUGGCAUGUAAACUUGUCUCUCCGGCCAAAUGAGUCAGUCGUGAAGGGGAACGGCAAUUGAUUUGAACAGAUGUGUGUCAAUGUUACUUGGAAAACUAGAUGCCAAUAACCAGGGCCACAAAAAAAGGGCAGCGGUUGCAACUCUGUAAAAAUUUAUGCCUGCCUACAGACAAUGACUAUAGGGGGACCCCCCCCCCCCAGGAAAAGAGUUGGAUACACGCCAGUGCUGGGAGACUGAUUGUAUGCUGCUUUGGAUUUUCCAUUAAUGCAAGAUAACUGUCCAAUUAAAAAGACCUACUAAGGGC